AUGUCUUCGGGCCAGCCGGCAUCGCCGGGCACACUGCGGUCCAUACUCGUCGACUCGUCGAAACGGAAGACGGACCAUGUGCCCUCCGGCCCCGACGAGUACUCUUCCAGCUCUCGUCCACCCAUGCAUUCCCAGACGUCCCGGAUGUUCUCCGCCAUCACUUGGACGGCUGGCACGGGCAGUACCUUGGGCUGCUGCGUCGUCAUGGCCGCGGUGCUGCUGCUGCUCGUCGUGCUGCUGCUCACGCGCAGCCGUCCUGUGCGCCACCACUUGCCGUGCUGGAGCCCGCCGUGCCGCGCCUUCGUCAACGCGUUGGCUGCCUCCAUCAACGCCUCGCAGGACCCGUGCCAGGACUUCCACGGCUACGUGUGCGACCGCUGGCGACCCAGCUUCGGAGGUCGCUCCAUGCUCGAAGACUCAGCCAUCAGCUUCCGCAGGAGCGUGGGCAAACGCGUCGCUGGGAUCUCACCACCGCGGCAGUCGCAGAGCAACCACGAGAAGGCGGUCAUGCUCUACAAGAGCUGCAUGGCCGAAGGGAACCAUGGAGUCGGCGAAUUCAAACAAUUCCUGCGGGACCGCCGCCUGCCCUGGCCCAGAGUAGACACACGUGCAAGCCUUAUCGAUGUGGUCAUUGACCUCGUGAUGAAUUGGCAUUUCCCGCUGUUCUUCUACGUUUAUAUACUUGUCUCCGAGCCACUGACAUCGGCAUCAAAGGGGGGGUCCAAGCAACCGUCUGUCCAAGUUGUCUUUACCGAAGAUUUCCUGGGCAUGGGUCCACGUCUUCUGCAGAAAGAACGCCAGCUGCGCAAGAACAAUGCCGAGCUCAUCUGUCGACUGCGCGACACCCUCAAGGAGCCUGGCGAUGAUUCCGAGUCGGUCUCCUGCGAGCAGCUCGACCAACUGCAGAGAGAAGUUCUCGGUGGCCUGACAGCAACAAGUACUGGCAGCGGGUCACCGGAAGACGAGUCGUGGACUCAGUACGACGGUAUCGACGCCUUCGCCAGCGAUCUCACGCCAUUAGUGUCCGGUCGUCGCUGGUUGUGGAUCCUAACAAGGCAAAAGACCGGCAUGGAGUUCUUACCUACUGCGGUUCGUGUCGAAGUCCGUAACAAGGAGCACAUGCGCGUGCUGGGCAGUCUUUUCGGCUCGAACGCGAGGCAGGUAGACCUACUUCGCGUCGCGGGUCUCUGCGUGGUCCAAGGCUUGGGUCGUUUCGUCAGCCAUGAGCUCGCCGCUCUCAUAUACGGCGAUGACAGCACCCGCGUCGGUCGCCACUCGGACCUGUGCUACGGGAUCGUGGAUCAGAUGCUGCCGAGUUUGCUGUCUGCACGAUACAUUGCGCUCUUGCUCGACUCUGAGCGCGUCGCGAAGGCCACUAAAGUAUUUCACGCGGUCAAGCGGACCGUCGCGGAUUCGCUGCGAACGGCGGCCUGGCUCAACGACGCUGCGCGCUCAGAAGCGCUUCCGAGGAUUAACCGGAGCGGCCUCGCAUUCGAAGCCGCCCUCAUCGACGAGGCCGCCGGCACGGAAGAGCCCUCUCAAGCAGCUGCCGCAAACCUACCAGACUUCGGCGACGACUUCAUUGACAACCUAAGCUUCAUACCACGCGCCUUCUGGGACGACGUUCACCGGGGCUUGGCGAAGACGUCAUCGUUCGGCGUCGCACCAGAAAACAGCCUCCGGAGCAUGCACAACGCAGUGCAAAAGAUGCUCCUCUGGGGAGACAUCUGGCGCCAGCACGACGUGUCGGCGUUCGCGUUGUCAUCUCGCGAUGCCGUCCUUCCCAACCUGUACAUGCUGGAGACCGUGUUUCCAGCCGGGGCUUACGAGAGCGUCAACUAUGGCGUCGUCGGCUCUAUACUGGCGCGCCAGCUGGUGGCGAUUUCUUUCACAUCAGUUGGCAAAAAUUCCUCCGAGUCCAGGUUGGAUUAUGUAGCCACGAACGAUAGCGUUCGCUGCAUUCGCCAGGCCUUUCUGCGCAGUGACUCGAACGGCACGGAGUCCACAGAGGGUCCCGGAGAAUUGGAGGGCGCGCUCGUGGCGGUGGUGUCACUAAAGCCCCUGUUCGAUGCACUCUCCGUGAGUCCCGGCUACCCUGACUGGAGCCAAGGUUUCGAAGAGUACAGCGCCGAACAGCUGUUCUUUCUGGCGCUUUGCUUUCCCAGCUGUGGCUUGCGCGAGAACGAAACGACUCCCACGGAAACCGACCUUAGCCGAGCUUCAUGGUGCAACGUUCCCUUGAAGCUUUUUGACAGGUUUGGUGAGGCCUUUCACUGCUCGCCGGGUACGUUGAUGAACCCUCGUUCCAAAUGUGAUGCACUGUGA